AUGCCCCCUCAGAAGCUUCAGACCAGCAACGCCGGGAUCGUGACCGAUCCCAAGAGUGGCGAGCGCAUAAUCCCUGCGUCGGUUCGCGCGGACGGGAGCAUUCGCAAGGAGAUUCGCGUUCGCGAUGGCUACAUCCCCCCUGAGGAUGUUGCGAUCUACAAGAACAAGCGGGCGGAGGACUUCCGCAACCGCGGCCGCGGCCUACCCCCUGGCGCCGAGGGCCUCAAGGACGAAGUCACCAAGCCCGCCCAGUCGGCUGCCGCAAACAAGAACGCCAAGAGGCGCGAAGCGCGUAGGAAGGCCAAGGCUGCUGCUGAGGAUGGCAAGGUCGCCGAGCACAACGAACAGUCAGAGACUGCUGCUGUGCCCUCCGAAAAGACCAAGUCCGAAGAGCCUCCCAAGCAGCCCGAUCCGGAAGCCGAGAAAGAGAAGAAGGUCAGAAGCCUUAAAAAGAAACUCAAGCAGGCCAGGGAGCUGCAAGUGAAAAAGGAGAACGGCCAGGCACUGCUGCCGGAGCAGAUCGCCAAGGUUAUCAAGAUCAACGAGCUCAUCCGCGAGCUCAAAGCCCUGGGCAUCGAGGAUGUCGAGGAUUCGAAGAAGUCUGCCAAGGAGGCUUCCAAGACAAAGGCCAGCGAGCCGUCGACCUGA